AAGGUUAGUUUUUCUCUGGUGUUUGUCGUGGUACUGGCUUAAUACAAACGGUGAGAAAUGUACUUUUAGUAUAUAGAAAGAUACACAUUUUGAAUCAGGUCAGUACUCUCAUUCUCAUAGACGUUAUUAAGUUUUCAAACAAGCAGGAAUAUCUGGAGGAGUAUCAACUGAACUGAGAUCUGCUGUGAAGAUGGUGUUUGUUAAAGAGGAGAGUGAGGAGGACAUGAGUGAACCAGAACCCUGGAGAAUAAAACACGAGGAACAAGAUGCAAGUGAACGACGGCAGCGGAAUCUCGUUGUGGCACUUUCGGUGGCAUCUCCAGCAUCCAGGGAUUUUUCAGGCAGCUGUUUGUAGCACCUGCCAAUGACCAGUUACAUGAUUCAAUGCUUGAUGAAAGUGAAAGAGGAAAGAGAAGAUCUGAAUGAAGUGGAGGAGAAACAUCAGUAUCAGAAAGGUUGUGAUGCCACCACUGGAGAAAAACCACUGAAUUCCUUCAAAACGGAAAACAGCAGCAUUCAGAUAACAGAAGACAAAAGGCCUUUCACCUGCUCUCAGUGUGGAAACACUUUCAAACAGAAAAGAAGCCUUAUGAAUCACAUGUUAAUUCAUAGUGGGAAAAAGCCUUUCACCUGUUCUCAGUGUGGAAACACUUUCAAACAGAAAAGAAGCCUUAACAAUCACAUGCUAGUUCAUGCUGGAAUAAAGCCUUUCACCUGCCCUCAUUGUGGAAAGUGUUUUACACAGAAAAGACAACUUAAUGAGCAUGUGGUAAUUCACACUUCAGAAAAGCCUUUCACAUGCUCUCAGUGUGGAAACUCUUUCACACGUAAAGAAAACCUUAAGAAACACAUGUUGAUUCAUGCUGGAAUAAAGCCUUUCAUCUGCCCCCAGUGUGGAAAGGGUUUCACACAGAAACCACACCUUAAUGAUCAUAUGGUAACUCACACUUCAGAAAAGCCUUGUACCUGCUCUCAGUGUGGAAAGUCUUUCACUCGUAAAGGAUACCUUAAGACUCACAUGUUAAUUCAUACUAGAAAAAAGCCUUAUAUCUGCUCUCAGUGUGGAAACUCUUUCAUAUGUAAAGGAAUCCUGAAGAAGCACAUGUUAAUUCAUGCUGGAAUAAAGCCUUUCACCUGCUCCCAGUGUGGAAAGAGUUUUACUCUGAGAAAACAACUUAAUGAGCAUGUGCUAUUCCACAGUGAAACAUUUGUUUUGCCAUCAUUACUGAAGAGCCACCAGAAAGUUCAUAAAACUGACAAGCCGUACACCUGUCCUGUUUGUGGAAGGGGCUUUCUAAGGGUUGACUCUUUAAAAAGGCACCAGAAAAUAAUACACGAGAGCAUGAAAAACUCAUGUGUGCUGUGUAGGGAGGAACAUUGUUAAGGUUUUACUGGUAUCACUGCUGUUACCGAUACUGCUUAUCGAUCUGCUACUUUAAAGGGGUGGUUGAUUAUGAUUUCACUUUUUUAACUUUAGUUAGUGUGUAAUGUUGCUGUUAGAGCAUAAACAACAUCUGCAAAGUUACGGUGCUGAAAAUUCAAUGCAAAGGGAGAUAUUUUCUUUUAAAGAAUUCUCUGUUUAAGGACUACAACAAACGGCUGGUAGGGAAUACAACGAGCUUCUUCCCGGGUUUGUGACAUCACUAACCCUAAAAUUUACAUAAACCCCGUCCCCGGGAACACGCAACAAAGGGGGUGAGGCCAUGUUACUGCAAUACAGUACAUAACACAAAUGCAAUAGCAUGUCAUUAAAACAACAAGAUAACUGUAAUUACACUAAACUAUACCUGUUCUAUCUUCAUGCAGCAUAUAUUCUCUGGCUCUGUAGACAUCUUACAACAGUUCCCACAUGAGUGAUUUAUAGAUUAUCUAAACAGAAUAUGCUAAUCAGUGACUUUAAGAUAUCCCACAUCAGCUACAUAAAUUAAGCAUUAACCAUUAAGAAACGUCCUGUUGCAUUCUACAUGUUGUCACUUCUUCUUGAGUCUCUCCAUCAUUGCCCGACUCUGGUUUGAACAUAAAAGGCUGAACAGUUUCGGACAUUUUCAGUGAGUCUGUGUGAGGUAAUUGGCGCUGCUAACACAAGCUCUUGAAACCCCACCCUCUGCUUAGGAGCAGCAGCUCAUUUGCAUUUAAAGGGACACAAAAAAACAGCGUUUUUGCUCACCCUCAAAACGUGAUAAAUUUAACAUGCUAUAAAAAAUGAUCGGUGGGGUAUUUUGAGCUAAAACUUCACAUACACACUGGGGACAUCAGAGACUGAUUUUACAUCUAGUAAAUUGGCCCCUUUUUUUGUUAUAAAAACAAAACAAAUUAGGAACAUAAUUGCUUACAUUUUGAGAUUCAGAUUUUCUCAGUCCCUUUGGUUUAAUUCUCGAAGAAAACUUUUUCUCUUCCUCAAAACUAUAAAAUAUGUUCAGUUGUUCAGCUCUUUGGCAUGGAUGUCAUUUCUCUUCACUAUAUAUGACUCUUAAUGAAAGAAAUGUGUAAAAAUAGACAAGCAAAUGUUCUGCUCAAAUGUAAUAUAUUCCUACACAAAUAAAUGUAAUGUGCAAAAACAAAUGUGCAUAUUCUUUCUCCGUUUACUAUAAUAGACUUUUCCCAGUAAACUUUUACCUACCAUUCAAAUCUCCCAGCCAGAACACCCAUGUUGGUUGCACCUGGGGCUUGUCAGUUUAGUCCCAUGUUUCCAUGUAGGCCCCACAUGGGUUUGCCCGGAUGAACUAAUUAAAUGAACAAUCUCCUUUGUUUUUUAGCACAAAUUAGCUCACUUAGCCAUAACUAUGGCUACGUCAGAAAUCGCUUGGUCUCUUGAGUAGGUACUUGUUUUUAAUAAGUAAUUACGACCGCUAAAAAGUAUGUUCUAUAUAGUAUGAGUGUGUGUAGUAUGAAUGUAAUCUGGAUGUACUACGUUCACCAUGUUGCCCUUAUCACAUGACCUACCAGCGUCAGUUACUUCGCUUCAGUGGCAUUCACAAAUCCUCAGGGUUGCCAGGUCUGUGCAACAAAUGUAGCCCAGUGGCCAUUCAAUAUUGGGAUUUAUACCUUGGUUAUCUAGAAGACCAAAACAUCUGGAAUAAUAAACCUUUUACUGAAAAUUUGGUUCUGUUCAAAAGAUACAUUGAUGAUUGUUUUGUGAUUUAUAAAGGUUCUGCCAGUGACUUUGAAAUGUUUGCCUUGUAUAUGAAUUGCCUUAGACCAUCCAUUAAGUUUACUUUUCAUGUGGGGACAACAGAUAUUAACUUCUUGGAUACUACCAUUUCUGUUGUUAUUUGGCCAACUAGUCUCUGAAAAAAAAGACCAGCUAAAAAUAGCCUUUCCCAGGUUAAAAAGGAACACUUCCAUAAUGUAAUUAAAGUACUCUAUUUUUGGGCACAAAUUUUGUAUUUAAUAUACUAAAAAAUCUUCUUAAGUACUUCUGAAGAUAAUCUUCAGAACAUCUAAGUGUACUCAACUGUGCUAUUUUGAGACACCAUGUAUAUGAACUAAAAUGUGCUUUUAACAUACUCUCUCUGUAUUUAAAAAAAUGUUGAA